GGGGGGAGGAGGUUGUCAUAACCCAUUUUGUGAAAGCAUAAUACGGUAUAUAUAAUAAAGAACUUAUCACAUCCAUGCAGGCAUUGGUUCACCCUGUUUUGCCCUUUCUCCAAUGUAAUUGUUUCCGGUAAGGUAAUGGUGAAAUCGCUCGGAGCCUCCUCUCCUGGAUGGGGGUUUAUUUAAUUAACUAUUUACAUCAGUCCACCUCUGCAGAGAGCUGGAAAAUUAAAUUAAAAGUCCUCUCUUGCAUCUUUUGAUAUUUUCGCCUCUUCCCCCUCUUCUUCUUUCUUUGCCAUUUUCCUGGACGUUUAAUGUUGUUGAGCCGUCGUCGAGGGCAUCGUCAACACCAAGUAAAAUAAAUAGCUCCGCCCAGCGUUCGGCUGCCCGAGGUUCAGGACGCGAUACGAUCAACAACCCCUCUCGGCCGCCACAACCCAAAUCCUAGCCAGGUGCCAAGUUGCAUAUGAGUUUAGGAGAUCUACGUUCAUUCUGUGAGCUUGAUAUUAUUUUUCUACUUCACGUUGCUCGUUGUGCGGUUCAGAUGUACGACCCGCCCUCUAUGCUUCUGGUGGUCCUGAAUUUACAUUCACGGUCCAUGCUUAGGCUCAUAACCGGGUGACUUGAAUAUCGCCGCGCAUUGAGCCUAGGGUCAACGACCUUCCCAUUCUGACCUCACAGUUCUCUAAGCGAUGCCCGUUUGAUUUUCGUCCUUUCAUGUGAAGACGACCAUUGCUAGGCAAGACCUGCUUGAUUAUGACGACUGUCUCUGCUUUAGAAGACCGCCCAGAUAAUACUGCUUUACCGUUUACUUCCAUUCGCGCCGCAGACCUAGUGGCUUCAGGCGCUCCGUUCGUCGAGUUCCCCUGUUACUCCAUUCUCGAUCUUCAACGGACUACAGGGAUUGGUGGAGGCGGUGGACAUACCGGAAGUCAAGAUAAAAUUGGCCAGAUCACUGGUGAAUGGGAAGAGCCGUCAGAUGGCUUUUCUAAGUGGUUCACGCGGAGGCUACACAUCGGCAAGCCGUUCGUGAUCCGGGACUUCGAGAAACUACCACAAUGGGACAGGAGGUUGCUUUCAAUCGAAAGCUUGAUAGAGCUGUCCACGAAGAAAAACAUUCCAAUUCGGAAUUGUAGUACGGCAAGAGACCUGAAUUUUACACUCAAGAAAUUUGCGGAUGCUUCUCAUCGGUCAUAUCGAGAGUUCAAAAAUCUCUACGCACGAGAUUUGCAAUGUCCAGAGGCCUGGUUGGAAAAAUGUAAGACCUUUCUUCCGUCUGAAGUGCAAUGGGGUGGCAGUAUGGAUUUGUUUCAGUGGUUGCCCUCAUGUGCGCGGAGCGAGGUUGUGAUGGCUUAUGUUGGCUCAGAAGGCUCUUCGUCUGGCUUUCACAGGUGCUUUUCAUCCACAGUUGCGUUGAAUCUUUUGGUGGAAGCAAGCGAUCGCCCCGUUCUCUGUUUCGGGACGGAUUUUGAAUCCCAAAGCAAAUACGAUGCCUUCGUAGCCGCUCGUGGUGCUUCCCCACAUGUAGACUGGCUUAACCUAACCCCUAACGAGCUGCAGAAAGCAAAUUUCCCGCUGUAUGUCCACGAGCAGAAGGUUGGAGAGCUUGUUGUGUUUCCCCAUGCUGCAGCUCACCAAGUUUGGAAUCUCGGGGCGAUAUCCACGAAGAUGGUGUGGAACAUUCUUCAUCCGUUAUCACUAGAGGCGGGACUCAACUAUGUACAGCCUCCCUUCAACCGGCUCUGCCGUCCAGAUGUUGCACGUUCCAAUCUGUCACUCGCGUGUGCAAUGUUGAGUUUGUUACGAGACAAGCCCAGCCCUAUCCCCCCCGACUUGCCCUUGCUCGCCAAACUUUUUUGCCAAAUGGUGCGAGACGAAAUGUUUGAUGAUCCACCUGUCACACCAAUAUCCUUAGUCCGUAUACCAGAUACCGCCAUUGCAACUUGUAAUUUCUGUGGCACUGCUAUCUGGAAUCGACAUCUUCGGUGUAAUGAAUGCCAAGAUUUUGACCUCUGCUUGCUGUGUUUCCUCGGAGGCCGAAGUUGUGAGCAUCUUUCGAGCUACACAUGGGCGGAAAUCGUUCCUCCCGAGACUUGUUCCCAAGUUAUUCGUCGGGGCGAAUCUAUUCUUGGAUAUAAGAUCGAGGAAAACACUAAUUCCGGGAACAGAAAGACCUUGGCAACUGCGGUAAACGAGUUGAUGCGGGCACGCCAAAGCAAUGCCAUUAAGCUAUGCCAUCUCUGCAGAAUCGAUCAUCUAGAAUGGAAAGGAAGGCGAUGCGAUACGUGCUCUGCCUUUUUUUGCUUCCGCGGAUUGUUCCGUCAUUUUGACAUGAACUCCACUGACUUUAUGCGGCAUUCCGGGUUAUGGGUUUGUCCAAAAUGCUCAGAAAAGUGCAAUUGUCGGUGCUGCCACUUUCCAUCGGCGUAUGUGAAAGCGGAAAAACCGGCUUCGAAACGUCGAGUAAAACCUGUUGAUCAUCGUGGGAAAAUCAUGGGGUUUACGGACAAUGUUUUUGAUCAAAAAAGGAGAACACCCGCUCUGUCAACAUCAUCAUCCUCGUCCACCCAUGUUAUACCUGCUUCUAGACCUCAGAAACGCUCACUCUCCGUGACAUCUGCUGCAGUACCGGACUUCAAGCCUACCUCAAAUCCACACGCAGACCUCCCAACUCCGGAAUCGGACCGUUCGUUUGGACCCCAUAAGAAAGACGGAGACCAAAUAAUAUCCGGCCCAGUGGACUCUGAAUACAGUCGACAUCGAGGAAAAAUCCCUCGAUCGUCUAGCGACAGCUCUAACCACUCCUGGCUGGUCCAAAAAAGGAUAAUAUCAACAGGCAGGACCCUCCAUGGUAUCGAUUAUAUAACGCAAAUGCCUUCACCGCAAGCUGACGAACUCUCCCUCCCUCCACUCAAAUCACAGCGAAAUCACCCUGGUGGUCUUGUGCCAGGUUCACCCAAACCCAGCCACCCCCCCCUUAAUGAUGGGAUGAGCGCUCUCGCCGGCGUCACUGCCGCUUCACGUAUUAAAAUGACAAUCCCACCUCCGCAUGAGUUUCUGCCGUCCCGCGAUGCAAAGUAUGACAAUGGCGGAGCGGUAAUAUCGACAACCCCCACAACUACUAGCUCGCACGUGCACUCUCUCCCGACACCAACAUCAUCCGCUCUAGUCCACACCCGCCAACCCGAACCAUCUAACAGCCUUUUCGGUAACUUGACCUCACCACAUUCGCUAGCGCCAAUGGAACCGCCGACAUCAUCACCGACAUCACCCCCACAGGCGCCUAUUCCACCGCAUAUAUCGGAUCUUGAGGCUCGUCUCCGCCGCCUCCGUCACUAUGCUUCAGAAUUGCUUGCGCUCUCCUUACACGACUCUCACUGCUUAAUACAGCAGGAGAUUCGGGAGACAGAAGAAAAGCUCCAUCUGGCGAAGAAGGAUCGUGGCGAGCGACUGCUUAAGGAUUUGGAGCUUGAGUUUCCAAAUUUGAUUGAAUUGAGGGAGGGGAUUAAACGGGAGGGCGGGAGGAUGGGGUUGUUUUAGACUAGUGAAGGGGGGGGGGGGGGGGUUUAUUUGGCUUUCUUUCUAUAGUUUACAUAUAACCGCGGAUAAUCUAUAUAUUAUGCCUGCACAUCUACCAUCUGUGUACAUGUAUCUAUCUAUACCUUCUCUGUGGAGUACUUAACUAAUCUUUGAUUUUAUGAGGGAUAGGAAAUCGGCGUUUAUGGGGCAGGAUUGGAUGGAUGGCAUCAUGGCUUUUUCUUUUCUUUCCUUUUCUUUUCUUUUUUUGGAUAUUGGGGACUCAGUUGAGUUGAAUUGGCGUGAUGGUUGGGUCAAUGAUCCUCUUUCCGCGCCUCAGUUUCCGGUACAUGUACUCUCCCGGAGUUCAAAUAAUUUUUAUAUCUCUCUUUUGAAGCUAUUAACGAGUAAGAAGUAAACCAAUGAAGGCAUGCAAGUGCUUUUUUGGGAAUUAUGUUGUUAUUAAAUAAGUUACCUAUCACAAGAAUGAAAGGUUGAGAGGACCAGCAACAGAGCUAUUUUCUUCUUCCCUCCUAUGGCGAACGAGUGUCAUUUAC